UGCCACUAAUCGACAUGACUUUCCUCCGAAAGAGAGAAUACCCAACAAAUUCAACUGAACUCCUUGUCUAUUUAUUUUGGAAAAGAAACAAAAAGCUUUUUUUCCUUACCUAAAUAGUCACUUUUCCAAUAAACAUAAAUGAAUUAAAGAUUUUGUCACAGUAAUAAUAGGACUCACAUCUGCCACACAAAUAAAAACGGUAGAAGUUAUGUAUGCCACAUCAAUAUUUAACAGACUUAUUAAAGUAACAAAAUGACCUAUUUAUAGAGUUUAUGAAGUUUAAAUACCUAUUUUUAUAUGAUUUUACAAGUUCAGGCACCAAUUUGAAAUGAUCUAGUUAACUCGAAGAUUCAUUCAAUUAUUUAUUUUUCCACGGGAGAAAGCAUUUCAUUCAAUGGAUGGAAGUAUAAAAGGAAAAAGAAAAGCACCAGGGCCAAAAGCAGAGAAACAUCUUAAAAAAAACAAAAACAAAAAAAAGCUCUCUCGGUCUUUGUCUGGACAGUGACUGCUCUCUCUCCUCCUUUACCAUCUAGUUAGCAGCCUAUAUCUCUGGCCACCCUAUAAGGCCAUAACCUUUCUCCAUGGCAUCAUUCUCACACUCAAAGCAGCUAAGCUCUCUGUUCCUGGUAAUAUCCAUGGUGGGUAUGCUUGGAACUUUCAUCAAUAUUGUGGGGGUAGAUGGAGCAACUGCUUCUUCUUCUUCUUCUUCUUCUUCAACUUGGUGUGUGGCAAGAAGUGAUGCUACCACCCAAGCCCUUCAGACAGGCUUAGACUAUGCAUGCGGGGCUGGUGCUGACUGUUCCCCAUUACAAUCCACUGGCCUCUGUUAUCUUCCAAACACAAUCCAAGCUCAUGCCUCUUAUGCCUUCAACAGUUAUUAUCAGCGCAAGGCUAUGGCUCCUGGCUCUUGUGACUUCGCUGGCACUUCCACCAUUGCUCAAACCGAUCCCAGUUAUGGAUCUUGUGUGUACCCAUCUUCUGCAAGCACGGCUGGAGGGACAGCUACACCAACCACGCCACCAGCUACAGGCAUUUUCAGUGCACCAACAACGCCUACGACACCAACAUUUGGCGGGGGUAGCGUUACUGGAUUCACUCCGGGAAUGACCCCGACGAUCCCUGACUCUGACGACAACUCAAAAGCAUCCCUGGAGUCCAUGAUCCCAACAAUCUUGAUGCAUGUGUCCUUCAUGUUUGUUCUUUCAUUUACCCUAAACUAAACCCAUGUGGCUCGUUUAUUUAUUUAUUUAAUCUUAUAGUUAUAGCAGGAGUAGCAUUGCCCUACGUGGAAAAGAGGUUAUACAUUUUUUGUUAGAAGUUGGAACCUUCUUUGUCCACUUCCAUCUAGCUAAGCCUCUCAAUUAAUAUCGUGCCAAACUUUGUAGCUCUCACAAAUUCUAUUCAAUAAUAGUUCAAUUUAAUUGCUGCA